AUGGAUUUUGAAAUCCAGAGCACGUUCAAGCCAAAUGUGUUUGUGUGCACAACGGGAAUUUCAAGAGAUGAACAGGACUUAAUAAGGAGCCAGCUCCCAAAACAUGUGAUUCUCGAGGAUACGCUGUCCACCACUACAGAUUACCUAGUUUCCUACAAGGCAAUGAUGACAGAGAAGUAUAUCCAGGCUUUGAAAUGGAAUAUAAAGAUUCUCCAUGUCAGAUGGUUGUACGAUACAGAUGAAAACACAAAGAAGUAUGAGAUGACACCACUUUCAGGGUCUAGUUUUACAAUCUCCGGAGUGACCGACGACUCUCUUAUCAAUUACCAUUGUCUUCUUGGCGCAUCCUUCACCGAAAAUCUUACUGCUUGGACAGAUUUUCUGAUUACUAAUUCCCAAUGCAAUGAGAAGACAGAGUUCUGUAAGAAGUAUGGAAUUCCGGUUGUCACAUCCCAUUCUGUGUUUGGAAAUGACUAUGGAGCAUACAAAAAGGAACCUCAUUUUAAAGCCAUAGACUCAGCCGGCGAACCUUUGUUUAACGGGAAGGUAUUUUUCCUUGAUUCGAAGCUUCCAAAGAUCCUUUUCAAUCGUCUCAGAAGAUUAAUUAUAUCGAACGGAGGAACACGUGUGUCGGUUGUUGAUAGAGAUGUUGAUUUCAUAGUGGCGGAAUCACAUGGGGAAUUUAAGAGACAUGAUGGAAAGGUCUUUCACUAUCAGUAUGUUUUCGAUUGCGUUGAGACAGACUCUAUUUUACUUCCUGGGCCCUAUAAAGUUUAUUUUGGAAGAAGUAAUGCUAUUCUGAGUGAAGCGGUAUGCUGCAUUGACGCGAGUCUGAGGGAACUGAAGGUAGAAGUGUUUAAUAAACUAAGAGCUUUAGGAGCGAUUGUGAAAGAAGAAGUUGAUGCGAGCUGUACACAUCUAAUAAUAAGAGACAGGAAAGAAUAUACAGGAAAUAGACAUACUCCAUAUAAAGUCGUAUUACUGUCAUGGGUUGACCAGUGUCUGCAUCGGAUGAGAUAUGUGAAUGAAGACAAGUAUAGGAUAGGAAUAGAACCUUCAAAUUUGUUUAUAGAAAACAAAAAAGAUGAAAUGUCCAGAAAGACCGGGAUCUUUGCUUCUAGAUUUAUGCUGUUCCAAUUUACAGGGUUAUCUCCAAUCCUGAAGAGCAAAGCAAUCGAGAGAUUUGAAAAACUAAGGGUAAGGUAUAGUGAUGGAGACCGAUAUGAGAAAUGUACCCAUCUCAUCAUGGGUAGUGUAUGUACGUCCGAAAAGUUUUUAUCGUGCUUGUGCAAUGGAGGAUGGAUUCUCAGGCCUGAUUUCAUAGAUAAUUUUGAUAACUCGGCAAACUUUGAUUUCGGUAAGUAUGAAUGGACUGCAGACGAGAAUACUCCAGAAAAGGAGAGAAAGAUUGUGGCCUCAAUCAAAAAAUGGAGAGAAAGAGUGGCAUCCAAAGGGAAGCCAGCAUUCCACAGAUGGAUUGUUAGACUGUACUGUGAUGAACAGAAGAGGGAAAGCUAUGCAAGAGUCAUCGUAAACGGAGGAGGAACAAUUACAGAAGGGAAUGAAUAUACACACUGCUUUGUAUCUAAGAACUAUAAGGGAGAAGUGUCUGCCGAAAAGAAGUACAGCACGGAUUAUAUAUUUUCACACUUGUUUCGAUGA